AUGGGCCAACUCUUUAUUGAGGAGGAAACAAGUCUUUAUCUUCCAGAAGAUACAGGCAACAGUAGUGAGUUUUCCGGUGCCGAGGACCAACGUACAGUAGGAGCACAGAGAAAAAAGUUAAAUGAAUUUUUAAGUGCCUGCAACUUUGGAAGUACUGUUGGCAUGUACAAGAAAUAAUGGUAAGACACAAGUUUGCGCACUAGAAGAAGUCGCGUAUCAAAAGGUAAAGAAUCAAUUGUAGCAGCUCUGAAUGUGAUUGCACCUUGUGAUGCUGGUCCGUUAUGGGAGGCGCUAAAGGAAUCUAAGUCUGUGGAGAAAGCUUUGGGGAUAGCAGAGGAGUCU